GUAUCGAUGUUUUUGAAUCGAAUGUUUGUUUGUAUGUGUGAAUAUAGUCUUUUGUUAAUAGUUAAUGUGCAUCGUAAAUUUACUUUAGUUGGUUUUUUGCGUUUAUUGUCUUGCAAAUUAUAUUUGAAUAAUGGUAAUCGAAGACAUUGAGUCAUUCUGGGUGGAUAAGCGAGCCUACAACGAUGCCGAACGACAAUUCUAUGAGGGCAUUAGCAAAAGCAGUAGGCCAACAACAGAACCCAAUAGAGUCGUGGGCACAGUCGCUGCAGCAGCAACCAAAAAGGCUAAAAAUCGCAAAGCCAUGACGGAAAACCAACAUCAACAGGAUAAAAACUUUUUAUACCUAAAUCCGUUGACUUUGGAAGCGAACUUUUUUUUGGAAACCCUGGAAGCAGUUAGCAACAAAAGUCAGGUCCAAUUGGAUCCACAAUUGACGAAUUUGCUCGAGCGCAUCGUGGUUGGUAUUGAAAAAUAUUUGGACAAGAAGCCGACGUAUAUUAUGUCCAACGGUGUGGCGCAACAGUUGUCCAAUAAGCAGUCGAAUGCAAAAAGUGGUGGCGGUGUUGGAGUAGCCUUUGUGCCGCCCAACGAUUUGCUGAAAAUCAGGCGAACAUUCAGCUGUACCGGUUGUAGCCAUCGUAUUCUUGGCACAACAAUUGCUAAUGCUGUGACACAUUUGGUCGAACAACAUCCGAAUCCCCAUCCAAAUGGCCACAACCCAACUGUCAAUCAAAAUGACGCUUCCAAUGUACAGCGGCCGACGCAUACCACCAAGCAGGAAGGCCGUCGGGCCGAGGAGAAAGCACGUUCUAUAAUGACCCAACAGCUGCCCAAGAAGGCUAAGGGAUUGGUAUUGGGGAAUGUGGCGAACUUUUUUAAGGAUAAAUAUCAAGUUGCGGACAAACUGAAAGUGAUCCCGGUGUACUUUGACAUUGAACAGGAUUUAUGUAAGCUAAUAGCGCCCAUCUUUCCCACGAAGUCUGUGCGCAUAUAUAGAUUCGGUUCACGUAUAACGGGAAUUGGCACAAGCUCAUCCGAUUUGGAUGUAUUCGUGGACAUUGGCAACAGCUUCUACAUAUUCGAGAAUCGCGCUUCAAACGAAACACUCGCCAAACUUAAAAUGCUGCGAACCGCAUUCUGUGCUAGCAACGAAUGGCGCAUCAUCAAUGUUGUUGAACAGGCGCGUGUGCCAAUAAUAAAGACCCGCCAUCUGGCCUCUGGAAUCGAAUGUGAUAUAUGCCUAAAUAGCUUGGGCUUUUGUAACACCAACUUGCUUAAGUAUAUAUUUGAGACGCUGCCAUUGGCCCAGUACAUGUGCAUCUAUGCGAAAACGUGGCUGGAGCGCUGCAAGCUGACGGAACAAAUUUCAAAUUACAGCAUGGCGCUGAUGGUUAUUUAUUUUCUGCAGGUCAAGCAACAGUUGCCAUCGGUUGCACAGCUGCAAAAUGAGCUAUCAGCGUCAGCCAAACAGCUUGUGGGACCUUGGAUCGCGAACUUUGUCCAAAAAAAACUUGACGACGUGGGCGUGCAGCGAGUUGACGUCACCACUCAGGUGAUCAGAGAGCAUUUGCGAGAACUCUUUGAGUUUUAUGCCACCUUUGACUUUGAGCGACAAAUGAUUUGUCCCUACUUUGGUAAAAAAUACACCCUCAUAUCGAAAAUUCUAAAAGAUAUGCCCAAAAGGUAUGUGAAUUACGCUAUUCAAAAUCCGAAUUCAGGUUUGCAAUUAUCGAAACCAAUGGUUGUUCAGGACCCUAUACAGUUGAAUCAUAAUGUGACCAAGGCGGUGACCAAAUACGGUCUACAAACAUUUGUUGUUUUCUGCACACAAACGGCGGCGUUGCUUGCCGAACCUGCGCCGAAUUGAGGCGCAACGCCAAAACUUGUAGAUAUUCUGUGAAACUAGCCUUAAACAGUAAAUUUGCUUAUAUUAAGUUCAUAAUCUCCUGUGUAUCUACAUUCAUGUCCAUAAAAAUUUGAAUUAUCUUUGCCGUUAUAGAAUCGAUUAAAAGCAAUUUUAUUUGAUAGCCA